UUGAAGGACGGUGGGUCGGGUUCCCAGCUUUCCCCGCUGUUGAUUUGUCUACUGUAUAUGUCUUCUAAUGCAUCUCCCGAACUACCGAAGAAUCCUUUUAAGUAUUAUAAUUGUUUUUUUUUUUUUUUAGAAAAAUAAAAAGAGAAAAGAAAGGCCUACUCGCUCAUUGUUUUUUCAACGCAUCCUUGUGGCCAGAUGCUAAAUUUUUCAAUAUGUCUUCUUGACCAAUGACACUGAGAAUAAGAAGAUGCCGAUCUUAUCACUCUCUCUCUAUAUUCUCACUUACAAUCCGAAUCAAAGAAUAUUAUUUUAUAAUACCGAAAGGUUUAAUUUGACAGUAAAUACUGUUUGUCUGAAUAAGAUUUUAAGUUCGAUUUCGUCUUUGGUUAUUUAUAACUGUAGAAAACAAUAUAAUACUAUGUUGUAAUGUUCGGUCUCGUUCCUUCCUUCCCAUGUAACGACACAAUGGUAUUUCUAUGACUUAUAUUCCGUUGAUCCCACUUCUUUCUUUCAUAAAAUCUCGAACCCUUUUUUUCUCUUUCCCAUGUAAUGACACAAUGGCAUUUCCAUGACUUAUAUUCCCAUUGAUCCCACUUCUUCUUCCAUACAAUCUCAAACCUUUUCUUUCUUGUCUUUUACUGCAUCUUUCUUGAUUUAGUAUCUCUAUACUCGGAAAAAAUAAAAAAAGAUAGAAAGAAAGAUUGAUGGAAGAGAUAGAGGCCGAACAGCAGGAGGAGGAGUUCUUGAAUCUUAGCCUGGCAAUCGUUGAUACAGAUUCCGGCAGCGGGAGGAAAAGGAAGAGGAAGGUAAGAGCUGUUUUUGAUCCUUUGAAUAGUUCUCAUGAGGGUUGUGAGGGGAAGAUCUUUAAGCUACUUCAGAUGAGAGAACAGAUGCUGAAACCAGAUCAGAAGAAGAAAGGAGUUGUUGAAGAUGGGAAAGGGCUUCAUUUGAUUCAUUUGCUUCUAAUUACUGCAACUGCAGUCGAUGAGAACAAUGUAGCCACAGCUUUAGAGAAUUUGUCUGAAUUAUAUACGAGUGUUUGCUUAACUGGAGAUUCUGUUCAAAGGGUUGUUGCUUAUUUUGCAGAUGGAUUGUCUGCUAGGCUUCUCACUCGCAAAUCUCCUUUCUAUGAAAUGAUCAUGAAGGAACCGACUAGUGAGGAAGAGUUCUUGGCUUUCACACAUCUCUAUCGCGUCUCUCCUUACUAUCAAUUCGCCCAUUUCACCGCGAAUCAGGCCAUACUUGAAGCUUUUGAAAAAGAAGAAGAAGAAGAGAGCGAUAGUAAGAGCCGUAUAUUGCAUGUUAUUGACUUUGAUGUUUCGUACGGCUUCCAAUGGCCUUCUCUGAUACAAUCUUUAUCCGAAAAGGCUAGCAGCAGCAAUCGGAUAUCCCUUCGGAUAACAGGGUUAGGAAGAAGCUUAGAAGAAUUGCAGGAAACUGAGAGUAGAUUAGUUAGCUUCGCGAAAGGAUUUCGAAAUCUGGUGUUUGAUUUUCAAGGGUUGUUGAGAGGAUCAAAGAUCAUCAGCAAUCCAAGGAUCAGAAAGAAGAAUGAAACAGUUGCAGUAAAUUUAGUUUCUCAUCUGAAUACUUUGAAUGAUUUUCUGAAAAUACCUGACACUUUAAAAUCUAUACAUUCACUUAACCCGUCUAUUGUUAUCCUGGUGGAACAAGAAGGUAGCAGAAGUCCCAGAAGUUUCCUGUCAAGAUUCAUGGAAUCAUUGCACUACUUUGUAGCCAUGUAUGAUUCCUUAGAUGACUGUCUUCCAUUAGAGAGCUCAGAAAGACUAAGCAUCGAGAAGAAUCAUCUUGGCAAAGAGAUCAAAAGCAUGCUGAAUUAUGACAAAGAUGAUUUGAACUGCGCAACAAGAUAUGAGAAGAUGGAGACAUGGAAAGGAAGAAUGGAGAGUCAUGGCUUUUCAGGCAUGAAAUUAAGUUCAAAAUCUCUGAUUCAAGCUAAGCUACUUUUGAAAAUUAGAACCCACCAUAGCCCUCCACAAUUUAAUGGAGAAAACAGUAGUGGCAGUGGGUUCAGAGUAUUUGAAAGAGAUGAAGGAAAGACUAUUUCUUUAGGUUGGCAAGAUAGGUGUUUACUUACAGCCUCUGCAUGGCGUUGUGUAUGAUAUACGAUAGAUCACUAUAUUCUCUAUUCUUUUAACAAAUUCCUCAUAUUUUUGUAACUUCAAUCAAAUAAUAAAUUUGGAUACCAAAUUCUUU